UUACAGAGAAGGAAAAUAAGACGACGUAGGUACUUCUGAGGACUGUUUUGAGAGGAGACAACUGGAUCACAUCGGCGAUAUGGCGGGUACGGACAGCCUGUUUCCAGCAAUCUCAAGAAUAUCCAGCACAUCUUUACCCAAGGUAUAUUGGGAAGAUGACCAAAAAACCACAGAGAGAAUGCAACUAUUUUUAAAUAGUGCUUUGUGUGUUAUUUAUAACUUAUCCAAGAGUACGAAACACCGAGAAAAGUUCCGCACUCCUGAAAUGAGAAGAAUACUUGACAUCUACAAAGGUUCACCAUCAUCGACGAGACGAUUGUUUUCUAUGUUAGCAAUUAGUUACGUGGCGGAUCCAUCCACUGAUAUGUCGCUUCUAGAAGACAAAUAUGGUGUAAUCGGUGAGUUGACAGACUAUUUACAUAAAUCACUAAUCCUACAAAAUUCGACAAAGUUUUCUGUCCAGGAAUUGGUUGACGGAUUUGCAAAUUUGGCUGUUCAUCCUAUCAAUAAAAUUCAGAUAGUAGAAAAAUCUUUGCAUCUAUUUUAUACCAUAUUGGAGCGGAAUAUCACCAAAACACUUACACUUCAUGUAAAACAACUUUUAGACAGAUGGGAUAUCAGUGACGUUGGGUGCACUACAGUUUCCGAACAGUGCCAAGAAGAAACGGCAGAACAAAAUAAAAGUGGACAAUGCCAUGAGGUUGACUCAAAAGAGUCUGCUAACAAUAUGCAAAUGUUGGAUAAUAGUCGGUGUGUUCUGUCGAAGUGUGACGAUUUUGGUACUAAUGAGGUCAAGAAAACCAUCGGUGCAGUCAAGUGUAUCGUUUCAGACAAAACGCGUGAUAGACAAAAUAUCUUCAAACACAUGACUAUGAACCAAUGGCCAGAUUUACUUGUCCGUACUAUUGCUAAUGUUUGGAAACCAAAAAAGGAGAUAUACACCAAUGAGUUAUUGUGGUCGAUCCUUACAGACACAAUCGAUACCAUGGUUAAUUACAGCAACGCUGAUGUUGAAUUUGCAGAUAUUCUUAUCGAACGUGGAGCAUUAGCACUGAUGCAAAACAUUGCCGAUGGGUACUAUCGACAUCUUAAGCAAAAGGUUAUUGCUCUUGAUAAAAAAAUAAGGGAAUAUAGGGGUGAAACCCUAUCGAGUAACCAACCAGGAGCUGACAAAUAUCAUUCAAUAAACCCGUCACAAACAAUUGUACGAAGUGGACAGCCAGGAACAAAUGAAACUCAUUCAGUGGACCCGACACAAACCAAAAUACAAACUGGUCGGACAGGAACAGACAAAGCUUAUUCAGUGGGCCCGACACAAACCGACAUACCAAGUGGUCAGGCAGAAAAAGACGAACAUCAGUCAACGGUGCCGACACAAACCAACAUACCAAGUGCUCAGUUAGGAAAAGACGAACAUCAUUCAACGGGGUCGACACAAAACAGAAUGUCAAGUAAUCAGAAAGAAACUGAUAAGCAUCAGUCAAUGAACCUGGCGCAACCCCAUACACCAAGUGGGCAGCAAGGAACAGACAAAGAUCAUGCAGUGGGCCCGAUACAAAAUAAUAAUAUACAAAGUAGACAUGCAGAAAAAAAAGACGACCAUCAGCCAAUUGACCUGACACAAAUCAAUAUACCAAGUCAAUUUCCAGGACCAGGCAAGCAUCAGUCAACAGGCUCGAUACAAAUUGAAGAGCAAAUGGGUAAGGUAGUAGCAGAGGGGCAACCGACAAAUGACACGACACAAACCGAAGACAGUAGUCAUUGUAACCAAUCCGACGCUAACAGCGGCCUUAAAUUAUGUUCAGAUACAACUCAUAAAAAAGAUUCAAAUGAGAAGGUUACCUCGUAUACAUUGAAACCAGUCAGCCAAUAUGCUUGUGUCAACUAUGAUUCAACCAUUGCAUACCGUGAAAACAGCGAUGUUAUUUUCAACAGAGCUGUUUUUGUUUCCAAUGAACCAAUAAAGUCAUCAACAUUUUUUGAGUUGAGUAUUGACAAAACAUCUGAUCGGCAUAACGGUUCAAUGGAACUUGGUGUUUGUAUGUGCAACACAUUUUCAGAUGAUUCUAUUUAUGAAGGCAACGGAUAUGGAAAAGGAAGUGGAUUCUGGUUUUUGAGAGACGAUGAGCUAUGGAAAGAUUUUGCAGCUAUCGGCGGUGGGUAUAAACUUAACCUACGCAACAUAGUCGUUAAUGAUACAGUAGGAUUUGUUAGAUAUCCGGAUGGAACUUUAGAAUUUCUGCUCAACGGGGAAAGGAAGGGUAUUGCUUUCCGCAAUGUGCCUGAAGGUGUUUAUGGAUUAGUUGCUGUAACAGGAAAAUGUGUUCGAGUGGCAAUUACUUGUAAAGCUGGAAUUAAAAAAACACAAGAAAAAUCAGUAAAAAUACCAGACGAUCCUUUCGAAUUGUAUUCUGUUGAGACAGUGAGCGGUCAAAUGAAGUCAUUUUCACGAAUGCGUACACCGUAUGGACUGGAUUUUGUUGAUGAAAAACGCCACCCUAUCAUACGUAAUGUAUCUAAAGAAAAGGGUGAUUUUGUUGAUGAAAAACGCCACCCUAUCAUACGUAAUGUAUAUAAAAAAAAGAAAUUGUAUUCUGUUGGGACAGUGAGCAGUCAAAUGAAGUCAUUUUCACGAAUGCGUACACCGUAUGGACUGGAUUUUGUUGAUGAAAAACGCCACCCUAUCAUACGUAAUGUAUCUAAAAAAAAGGGUGAUUUUGUUGAUGAAAAACGCGACCCUAUCAUACGUAAUGUAUAUAAAAAAAAGGACAACAUAAUCUGUAACACACAAGUGGAUUGGGAGAAAAGUUUAACCCCGCUCUAUGAGAUCAACAAGCGAUCUUUUGCUGGAUACUUGAAUGAAAUAGAUCUGAGAGCUACACUUAAGUCUGUCGUUAAUUUGUAUAAUAUUUAUGAUAACCCGAGUACGCGUGUUGAUCCAAUAUCUAAUGACCCAAUUCAAUUUAUAACGAGAAUGGUUAAUCUUAUGGGUGACAUGUUGAAGUUACUCUUCGCAAAAGAUAAUUGGCCGCCAAAUGCGUCAAGUACUUUGCCUAAACGACGCCAACAAAUAUUUAAUGCUGUGAGAUCAUGCUUUGAUAACAUCAAGGACAUGAGCGGGAUUGUAUGGACUGGAAGUACGAGUGAAGGCUUUGCAAUAGCAGAUAACAGUGGCCCUGGCACACCAUAUGUGGACGAUGAAAUGGAUCUUAUGAUUCCUCUUGCUAUGGCCACUGAAGAUUCUCAAAGCAACAUCUGUGAAGAUGUUGCAAUAGAUAAGCAAACAAUUACUAUAUUUGCUAAUGAACUCAAAAUAAAAGACAACGAAACGAGAGACUUUAAAAAAGAAUCUCUGGUAACUGAACUGGAAGAAAUCGGAAAGCAUCAGCAGUUGAAAAAAUGCCCUCCUUUUAUUUGGCGCCCUUCGCAUCAUCCUGGUUAUGUGUCUGUAUUUAUUCCAAAGAGUAUGCAGUCUUACAUAAGUAAAGAAUUUAUUAAGUACCUUUGUUCACAGUUAACAUCUGUUGGUGGUAGUGAUUUGAUUUUGACGCGUUCUAAACUACUUGCCAUUCAAGAGGAAUACAUCAGAAAACGACUUCCUGCAGUACAGUCUGAUAUCAAGUCUACUAGUGCCAAAAGCGACGAUCAAUUUCAAAUAUUAAAGCUUGUCCAAGAGGGGCCCGUGCAAACUCUCUUGGUGUGUUACCAACUAAAAGAAGAAAAGCAACCAAAGUGUCUUAUGGAAGGAAUGAAAGAAGAUGGCUCUGUGUUGCAGUUCGACCAAACAGUGGAUGUAGCUAUUGCAUUGAAAGGAGUAAAUUGGCCAACUAUCGCCAACCCUUGGGUAUCAAGAUUGCGAGAUUGGCCUGAAAAGAGAAUUGUGGAUAAGAUAAUAAAGGACGGUUAUCAUAUUGUUCCCAAGUGCUAUCCUGGUGGUAGUGGUAUCGACGUAGAAUGGCGACUGUCGUUUUCUGUGGCUGAACGCACACUGGCACAUACAUUCACAGAUACUCAACGAAAAUGCUACUUAAUAUUUAAAAAACUGUGGAGAAAGUAUCUAAAGGUAAUCAGUUGCGAGUGUCCAUUUUAAUUAAAAAGAAAAAAUAAAUCAAAUACCAACCCACACGGUUAUUGUCAGGAUUAUUUUACACAUGGUCGCUUUCACUUUCAAUACAUUUU